UUGGGUGAUUCUUCCCGUGCUUUUCCUUUAUUCCAAGCUUAGUUAAUGGCGUAAGAUAUUGCUUGACUCAGAUAGGCUAAAAGUGAUUGGAUGGAAGACCCUGAGUUGUUGUCUUCCUUACUUAGUCACAUUUGAGCUGCGACUUCUCACAGGAGACGUUCAGAUGCUUCAGAUACACCUUCGUCUUCGUUUAGUCUAGCACUUGGAUUGGGGCUUCAAGUUUUCCUCGUUAAAUUCAGAGCUCACUCAACUGUAACUGGAAGAAGUUCUUGAAUCCUUUGUACUUUCAACAGCUGAGGUUGGGGUGAGCAGGCAGUUGGUUCUUCUGGAUUUGAGCCAUGGAUUUGGGUUCUUUGUUGGCUGUUUGUUUCUUGUUUGUUCUGUGUGGAGGAGAGGCAGUGGAGAAGAAUGGCACAGGAAGCCUUUCAAGACCAAGAGUUGUGAAUAUUGGAGCUCUCUUUACCUUCAAUUCUACUAUUGGGAGGGCCGCCGGGCCGGCAAUUCAGCUUGCGGUGGAGGAUGUGAAUGCAGAUUCAAGCAUUCUUGGAGGUACAAGGCUAAAUGUUAUCGCACAAGACACAAAGUGUAGUGGGUUUCUUGGUACCGUUGAAGCCUUGAAGCUAAUGGUGAAUGAUGUAGUUGCUAUAAUUGGUCCACAGUCCUCUGGGAUUGCUCAUGUCAUCUCCCACGUCGUUAACGAACUCCACAUCCCUCUUCUUUCAUUCGCCGCCACGGACCCAGCGCUGGAUUCCUUGCAGUAUCCAUACUUCCUUCGCACAACCCAAAGCGACUAUUUUCAGAUGAACGCUGUGGCCGAUAUUAUCGAAUAUUAUGGAUGGAGAGAGGUCAUCGCCAUCUUCGAAGACGACGAUUAUGGAAGGGGAGGUGUUUCAGCACUUGGCGAUGCGCUUUCUUCUAAACUUGCUAAGAUCUCUUAUAAAGCAGCAUUAACUCCUAAUGCUGAUAGCAAUGAAAUAAAUGAUCAGCUGGUUAAAGUAAACUUGAUGGAAUCUCGAAUUUUCGUAGUUCAUGCAAAUCCUGAUACAGGCUUGUUGGUUUUUUCACUUGCAAAAAAGCUUGGAAUGAUUAAUGUUGGAUAUGUGUGGAUAGCCACAGAUUGCCUCUCUUCAGUCUUGGACUCAUCAGUAAGUCCUGAUUCUGACACAAUGAGUCUAAUACAAGGGGCCAUCAUUCUCCGCUCUCAUGCGCCGGAUUCAAAUGUCAAACAAAAAUUUAUAUCUAGAUGGAAUAAAUUAAUUCAGAAUGGAGAUCUAAGUUCAAGUUUAAACAUGUAUGGGUUAUAUGCAUAUGAUACUGUAUGGCUUGUUGCCCAUGCUGUUGACCAGUUUCUACAUGAGGGGGGAGCUGUUUCAUUUUCUAAAGAUCCUAGAUUGAACGAUGCAAACGGAAGCUCGUUGCAUUUAUCUGCACUUCAGUCCUUCGAUGGAGGAAGCAAUCUACUAAAAAAAUUGAAACUUGCAAGCUUUACAGGUCUAAUUGGUCAAAUUCAGUUCAAUUCAGAUGGGAAUUUGAUCCAUCCGGCAUACGAUAUUCUUAAUGUCGCCGGGACGGGUUUGCGGAGGGUUGGUUUUUGGUCGAAUUAUUCGAGCUUAUCGAUUGUUGCACCUGAAACACUGUAUGGAAAGCCUCUUAACAUUUCCGCCAGUAGCCUCCAACUUUAUGGUGUCGUUUGGCCUGGAGAGAGCACAACGAAGCCACGUGGAUGGGUUUUUCCUAACAAUGGAAAGAAUCUACGGAUCGGGGUUCCUUAUCGAACGAGUUUUAAGGAAUUUGUGACGAAAGAUAAUAGCCCGGAUGGUGUUGGGGGUUAUGCUAUUGAUGUGUUUAAAGCUGCAAUAAGCUUAUUACCUUAUCCGGUUCCUUUGCAGUUUUUUCUUUUUGGAGAUGGAUCUGAAAAUCCCAGCUAUAAUGAACUUGUGCAGAAGGUUGCCGAUAAUUACUUUGAUGCGGCUGUUGGGGACAUUGCAAUAGUAACAAACAGAACAAGGAUUGUGGAUUUUACACAGCCAUACAUUGAAUCAGGACUUGUGAUAGUUGCUCUGGUCAAAGAGAGAAGCUCGCCUCCUUGGGCUUUUCUCAAGCCUUUCAGCCUAUGGAUGUGGUGUGUUACAGGAUCUUUCUUUCUUUUAGUUGGUGUAGUUGUUUGGAUACUAGAACAUCGAUUAAACACCGAUUUUCGUGGAUCUCCGAGGCGGCAGCUCGUGACAAUAUGCUGGUUUAGCUUCUCAACAAUGUUUUUUGCUCACAGAGAAAAUACGGUUAGCACUCUUGGAAGAUUCGUGCUAAUCAUAUGGCUUUUUGUGGUGCUGAUAAUCAAUUCGAGCUACACUGCGAGUCUCACAUCGAUCCUCACCGUCCAACAGCUUUCAACAAGGGUCGAUGGGCUUGAUAAACUGAUAUCAAGCUCUGAUCCAAUUGGCAUCCAAGUCGGAUCUUUUGCGAAAAGUUAUCUUAUACAGGAGUUUGGCGUGGCUGAGUCAAGGUUAAAAACCCUGAAACAACCAGACGAUUAUGCAAAUGCUCUUGAUUUGGGGCCAAAUAAUGGUGGUGUUGCUGCCAUUGUAGAUGAGCUCCCUUAUGUCGAGCUCUUCUUGUCAGCCUAUUGCAGGUACAAGACUGUUGGUCAAGAGUUCACAAAAAGUGGAUGGGGAUUUGCAUUUCAAAGAGACUCACCUCUUGCAGUGGACCUCUCAACAGCCAUCCUUGGCCUAUCGGAAAACGGCGAUCUCCAAAGAAUCCACGACAAGUGGCUGACUCGAACCGGCUGCGACUCGCCGGACUCCAGCAUCGCGUCGAACCAGCUGAGCCUCCAGAGCUUCUGGGGCCUCUUCCUCAUCUGUGGCGCUUCCUGCGCAAUCGCCCUCUUCAUCUUCUUCAUGAGAAUCAUCUGUCAGUACAAGAAAUUCAUCUCUCCUGAGGUGACUGAGUCCAAUGUAUCGGAACUGAGUCCGGCUGAGCCUAGUCUGAAGCGCCCAGUCCGUCUGGGAAGCUUGAAAGGUCUGUUGAAUUUUGUUGAUAGGAAGGAGGAGGAGGUGAAGAAUGCAAUUAAGAGGAGAUAUAGUGAGAAGAGUCAGCAUAGUAGUCGCAGUACUGAUGAUCAGCUGAACUCACCAGCUUAGAAUUAUGGCUUCUUUUUGUUGUGUUUCAGUGUUGGUUUUUAUAAAAAUAUAAUGGAUAAGUGGUGAUGAAGGGGUUGUAAACUUCACAUCGAAUGGAGCUAUGUAAAUUUUGGAUCUCAAAAUAUGAAUAAAUUGCGCCAACAAUUUUCCACAAAUUAUUUUGAGGACCAGUUGUGAAACUUCUUACGUAGAAUGAAGCCGAACUCUCAAACAUCAAGGCGUCGGUUGGAGUUUCGAUAGUUAAGCUUGCUCAUGUGGAUGCGGUCUUAAGAAGGGUGACCUCCUGGGAAGUUACAGUAGUGGGACAUAACCAUGAAGCCAUUCGGCCACGAUGUACAAUAUCUUGAUAGCUGAGAGCUCAUGCUGUUACACCAAUAAUAUCGAUUUUUGUCGACAUUUGAAUGCAUUGAUGAUUUUGUAAUUGAGUGAGCUUAGACUCGUUGGAUUUGUCUCGUCGAGAUGCUCAAUUCGACAAUAAGCUUGUUAGAUUUGAAAUCUAUUUGAAUUUUCAAUAGGGCACUUGGAGCUUCCAAAAAUGACAUUGCUCAAUUUGGGCUUGAUUUGACUCAUAUUGGAG